UGAUCAAGAACAAAAUCCUGUUCCCCACAUGUUUGAUCAAAAGUUAAAACCAUUCUUCACAACUACUACUUAUAACACAUCCAGACAGGGAAGAAAACCAUCAGGACAAGAUUAUAGUAUGGCAACUGAUGAUUAUGAUUGGGAGAAAGAGGUCGAGGAGUUUGAGAAAACGAAAGCCGGUGUUAAAGGGCUUGUAGAUUCUGGGAUUACAAAGGUUCCUAGGUUCUUCAUUCGUCCCCUAGAGAAGUUGCCUGGUAGAGCCAACUCUAGAGAUGGACUUCAUGUUCAGAUCCCUGUGAUAGACUUUCAGGGAGUCGAGGGAAACGGAACUCAACGAAGGCAGAUCGUUGAUGAGAUCCGUAAAGCAUCAGAAACUUGGGGAUUUUUCCAAAUUGUUAACCAUGGAGUACCUACGAGUGUAACGGAUGGUAUACUAGAAAGCACGAGGAGAUUCCAUGAACAACCUAAGGAAGCCAAGAUGGACCUCUAUUCCUCCGAUGGCCGGCGCAAUGUCAGGUUCUAUACGGUAAACGGACAUCUCAAGAAACCGGAGGUUGCAGCCUGGAGGGAUGCGUUUUCUUGCACGUUUAUGGACGACGUUCUGGAUCCUAAGCUUAUCCCUCCUGUUUGCAGGAAUGAAAUCACUGAGUACAUGAAUCAGAUGAUCAAUGUUAGAGACGUUUUAUCUGAAUUACUGUCGGAGGCUUUAGGCCUGAGCAGGGAUUUCUUGGAGCGGUUACAGUGCAUGAAAAGUGAAUAUUUGUCGUGCCUCUAUUAUCCACCCUGCCCUGAACCGGACAGGACGCUUGGCACGGUUAAACACUCCGAUCCCACAAUUCUCACCGUUUUAGUCCAGGACGACUCUGGCGGCCUCCAAAUACAUCAUCACGAUGAUUGGCUCGAUGUGCCUCCCGUUCAAGGAGCUUUAAUAAUCAACAUUGGAGAUUUUCUGCAGCUUAUAACUAAUGACAAGUUCAAGAGUGUGGAGCAUAGAGUGUUGGCCAGGUCUAAAGGCACUCGGGUCUCGGCUGCAUGCUUCUUUUAUCCUAGUUCUGAACAAAUUAUGAAGGCAUAUGGACCAAUACAAGAGCUUCUGUCUGAAGAGAAUCCUGCUCUAUACAGAGAAGUGAGUUACAUAGAUUUUCUCACACACUACCAGAAAAACGUACGAGGAGGUCAUUCAGCUCUUUCAAAUUUUAAAGUCAUACACCCAUGAUUAUAAAGCCAUGAAUUCAAAUCCCAUCAAUAUGUGAAUAAUGUUCUAUUUUAAUAUUAGCUAUCUGUCUAUUUUUAUGUAAUUUUUUGUUAAUUAUCAAUAUUUGAUAUUGAUUCAUUAUAUAAUUGUAAUUGAUUCACCACCCACAAAAUAAAAAGAAAGAGCCGAUGAUCAAGUUUCUACUCGUUC